AUGACCCCAACCUGCCAUUCCAUGGGCAUUGACACCAAGGUUGAGUUGGGCAUCACCCGCCUGGCCAUGCGCAGCCCACUCCUCCCCCUCCCUGCUGUUCAGGGCAUCACCCGCCUGGCCAUGCGCAGCCCACUCCUCCCCCUCCCUGCUGUUCAGGGCAUCACCCGCCUGGCCAUGCGCAGCCCACUCCUCCCCCUCCCUGCUGUUCAGGGCAUCACCCGCCUGGCCAUGUGCAGCCCACUCCUCCCCCUCCGCAACACGUCAGCGCUUCACUCGCCUGUCCAUGCACAACCUACUCUCCCACUCCCUUACCCAUCCGCGCAUCCCACGCCUAUCCAUGCACAACCUACUCUCCCACUCCCUUACCCAUCCGCGCAUCCCAUGCCUGCCGUCUCUCCCACUCCCUUACCCAUCCUCGCAUCCCACGCCUGUCCAUGCACAACCUACUCUCCCACUCCCUUACCCAUCCGCGCAUCCCAUGCCUGCCGUCUCUCCCACUCCCUUACCCAUCCGCGCAUCCCACGCCUGUCCAUGCACAACCUACUCUCCCACUCCCUUACCCAUCCGCGCAUCCCACGCCUGCCGCUGCGCGGCCUAUAUCACACAUGA